AUGGGAAAAGGGGGUGAUGAGGCAUUGGUAGUGUGCAGUGACAAGAGCAUGGCAACAGGAAUAACAAUAUGGGACGUUGAGACAGGGGAUCAUAUCCUCCACAUACCCACUUGUGCUUCUCCUCGCCAUGGCUUGUUGUGCUUCAGAAAUCACUUCCUUUUUGCUUCUCAGAUUCACAGGCAUGGCUCUGUUGGAGGCGGUGCUGUUUUCAUGUGGUGCUUGAACAAGCCUCAGUCACCUGUGAGAAGCUAUCCAAUGGAGGCCAUUGGACCACUUUCUUGCACCAAGGAUGGUAUAUAUCUUGGAGGUGGAGCUCUAUCUGGGAAUGCUUAUAUUUGGGAGGCUUCAAGUGGAAAACUGCUCAAAACUUGGCGCGCCCACCGUAGAUCUUUGACCUGUAUGCUGUUUUCGGAUGAUGGUUCUCUUCUCAUAUCUGGUUCUGAUGAUGGUAUGAUCUGUGUUUGGCCUAUGAUUAGUUUGCUAGACGUAGAAGAUUCUGGAAGCUCCCCUCCUUUGUUGCACUACUCCUUGGAUCAUAGUUCUUCCAUAACUGGUCUGGCCACUACAUCAGGCAUCUCAAGUCCAAUUUUAGUAUCAAGCUCCUCAGAUGGCACAUGCAAGUUCUCAGAUUUGGUCUUGGGAAGAAUCUUGCAAACUGUAGUUUACCCGGUAGGGAUAACUGCAGUUGUUCUUGACCCAACAGAAGAGCUUGUAUUUUGUGGAGGCCUUGAUGGUAGAAUUUUCAUCAACAAGCUUGACAUUUGCCUAAUGGAGGAUCCUUUUUCCCUUUCACAAGAUCAACCAAUUAUGCUGCAAGGACACAAUGGAGCAAUAACUGCGUUGACUUUCAGCCAAUCUGGUCUGGUAUCUGCAUCUGUGGAUUGCACAAUCAGCAUAUGGGAUGCUACUCAUUGGACAAUCACCAAAAAAUUCAACCACCAAAAAGGAGGAGUAACUAAUUUGGCAGUCAUACCGCGGUCUGCGCUCCUUUCAGCGGCGAAUAGUCGAAAAGUUCUAAGCGCAUUUCGGGUUUCGGGGCUUGACAAGUACCCUCGGCGUUCUAACUCAUCCGAGGAAACGAUCACUCUUCUUUCCUCAAGCUGCUCCCUCAAAGAAAGCCAGAGUUCCUUCCAUUUUCAAAGCAGUAAUUCAUGCCAACAGACACUGGACUUGCAAAUGCAGAAAGACUGGACACCAGCAGCAAUGCAAAUGAAAGUGGAAACAAGUUUGGAGAACAGAAUGUGGGCAAUGAAGAUGGCAAAGCAUGUUAUGGAGAUGAAUCGGCAUUUGCAAUCGCGUCUUCUGGACUUGAUGGAGAGCAGAUUGUUAUGGUCCAAGGAAACCAAUUUACCCAACACAAAGAAGAGAAAGAAGCUCCUAAUGAAUAUGGUUGAGAGUUCCUCUAAUAGGAAUGAUCACCCAUUUCAAGGAGAGGAUCAAUCAAAUUUCCCGUGUUAA